AAUCAUUGCAGAGAGAAAGAGAGAAGGAAAAUAUCCAGGGGAGGCGAGCGAGAGGGCCAUGUGGAGCUUGCCAAGUGUGCGCUGCCUCCUUGGAACAUCCAUGUGUUGUUCCGUUUCCAAUCCCAUCCUACCUGGAUGUUCAUGUUCCUGCCUGCCUGUCUGUCUGUCUGUCUGUCGCCGAGCUCGUGACGUCUGUCCAAGCUAAGCAAGAACACUCUCCUCUCCCAUCUGGAGCAGCUUCUUCCCAAUCUGCUCGCUUCUUCUUCUUCUUCUUCUUCUUCUUCUUCUUCUUCUUCUUCUUCUUCCUUCCCCCGUUGUUUCUUGUAGGCAGCAACUCUUGGAUUGAGACAGAUAAGAUAAUCGAGGUAUAUAUCCCCCGUUGUUGAAUUCGAAUUCCUCUCUUGGAUUUGGAUGGUUCCUGCCUGCUGCCUUCCGAAUCCUGCCUUGAUGUGUGUGAGAGGAGCUGUGCCGCCCGCAAGCUGCCGAUCGAUCGAUCGCAAAGCAAGUUCCUCGGUUGGGUUGUCAGUCAGAUCUUAGAUUUCUUCUUUCAUUUCUUCUUUCUUGGUGGUUGGUUGGUGGCUAGUGCUAGCUAGUGCUAGCUAGAUCCCCUUUUCGAUCGAUUGAUGGCCAUGGAGCCCUUGCUGAAGGUUGCUCUGGGGUCGUCUGCGUUCGCCGUCUUCUGGGUGCUUGCGGUGUUCCCGGCGGUGCCGUUCCUUCCCAUCGGCCGCACGGCUGGGUCCCUGCUGGGCGCCAUGCUGAUGGUGCUGCUGGGCGUGAUGAGCGCCGACGAGGCCUACGCGGCCGUGGACCUGCCCAUCCUGGGCCUGCUGUUCGGCACCAUGGUGGUGAGCGUGUACCUGGAGCGCGCCGACAUGUUCCGUCACCUGGGCCGCCUGCUGUCGUGGCGGAGCCAGGGCGGUCGCGACCUGCUGCUGCGCACCUGCGCCGUCUCCGCGCUGUCCUCGGCGCUCUUCACCAACGACACCUGCUGCGUCGUGCUCACCGAGUUCAUCCUCAAGAUCGCGCGCCAGAACAACCUGCCGCCGCGGCCAUUCCUGCUGGCGCUCGCGUCCAGCGCCAACAUCGGCUCCGCCGCCACGCCCAUCGGCAACCCGCAGAACCUGGUGAUCGCCGUGCAGAGCGGCAUCUCGUUCGGCCGCUUCGUCUGGGGCAUCCUCCCGGCCACGCUCGUGGGAUCCGUCGUCAACGCGGCCGUCCUGCUGGCGAUCUACUGGAACCAGCUUGACGGUGGCUGCAAGCCCGCGGGAGCGGAGGAGGUCGUCGCCGUGCCUACCGAGGUUGUGGAGGAGGAGGACGUAACGUCGCACCGGUUCUCGCCAGCCACCAUGUCGCACCUCCUCCGAAGAGGCUCCAGGCAGCAGGGGGAGACGGUGCCGGUGCAUCAGGACCCCGUCAAACCGCCGGCCAAGGACGUGCGUGUCAAUCCCAUUCCCUUGGUCGUACAAGAAGACGUCGACGGCCACUUUGACGACUGGAACAGCAAGGUGUGGAAGACGUGCGUGUACGCCAUCACUCUGGGCAUGCUGGUGGCGCUGCUGCUGGGUCUCAACAUGUCGUGGAGCGCCAUCACCGCCGCGCUGGCGCUCAUCGUGCUCGACUUCAAGGACGCCCGCCCCUGCCUGGAGAAGGUGUCGUACCCGCUGCUGCUCUUCUUCUGCGGGAUGUUCAUCACCGUGGACGGCUUCAACAAGACGGGCAUCCCAAGCGCGUUCUGGGAGAUGAUGGAGCCGUACGCGCGGAUCGACACGCCCGCGGGGACGGCCGUGCUCGCCGCCGUCAUCCUGCUGCUGUCCAACGUCGCGUCCAACGUGCCGACGGUCCUGCUUCUGGGCGCGCGCGUGGCGGCGUCGGCGGCGGCCAUCUCCCCCGCCGCGGAGACCAACGCCUGGCUCAUCCUGGCCUGGACGAGCACGGUGGCCGGCAACCUCUCCCUGCUGGGCUCCGCCGCCAACCUGAUCGUGUGCGAGCAGGCGCGCCGGUCACAGCACUACGGCUACACGCUCUCCUUCUUCACCCACCUCCAGUUCGGCUUCCCGGCGACGCUCGUCGUCACCGGCAUCGGCCUGCUGCUCAUCAGAACCUACUGAUGGUGAUGCUGAUGGAUGCAUGGCCGCCGCCCACGCCAGGCGCCAGCAGCAGCAGCAGCAGCAGAUCAUGGACAUUAGUGUCAAGGGAUCCAAGAUGCAUGGUCUCGGUCUCGGUCUGGGCCUGGGGAAGAAGAAUGCAUCUGGAUUCUUUCUCAGCAUCGAUCGAUCGUCACAGUCAGACAGGUCGUUUUGUUCUAGUAGUAGUUGUUGUUGUUUGUAUUGAAUUUCUGCAAGCAAGAUUCGUUUGGGAAGCGUAGCACCAUACAGAUAGAGAUCAGCAUGCACGGUGCUUGCUCGGCUCGGAGCAGGAGGCAUUUUAAUUUGGGAUGUACUGUACAUACACACUCUGCUAGUAAGUACGUACUACUGAAGAAAGCUGUACAUUCUGGACCUGCAAGUAUGUAUUAUUAGCA